GAUCUGCCAGGCUGCGCCGGGCCCUCUUCCUUCCUUUGUGCAUCCCCCAGCCCCGUGCAAGCCCUGUGUCCUCCCCGCCCCGUCCCGCUUCAUCCCCCGCAGAGCCUCCGCCGAGCCUGGAGGCAGGACCAAGCCUCCUUCCCGGGCAGGCAGAGCCGGGGCAGCGGCGAGGCACCGGCUGCCACGUCGUGUCACCUCCCCCUUCCCCCGGCCCGGCCGAGGCACCGAGGCCGCAUCCCCGCCCGCAUCCCCGCACCAUCCCCGCACCAUCCCCGCACCAUCCCCGCUCCCCAUCAGCGGCAGCGGCGGGGAAGCCUUCGGCGGAUGCUGCGCGUCUCCCCGGGCCGCUGGUGCUAAAUGCUGAGCGCCGACAGGAUGGAGGAGUUUCAGAGCGAGGAAGAGGAGCCCUGGUACGACCAGCAAGACCUGGAGCAGGACUUGCAUUUGGCUGCGGAGCUGGGCAAGACGCUGCUGGAGCGCAACAAAGAGCUGGAGGACUCCCUGCAGCAGAUGUAUGCCACCAACGAGGAGCAAGUGCAGGAAAUCGAGUACCUGACCAAGCAGCUAGAGAUGCUGCGGCAGAUGAACGAACAGCAUGCCAAAGUCUAUGAGCAGCUGGACCUGACAGCACGGGACCUGGAGCUGGCUAACCAGAAGCUCGUGCUGGAAAGCAAGACAUCCCAACAGAAGAUACAGUGCUUGACAGAAACAAUUGAGGGGCUGCAGAACCAAGUGGAGGAGCUGCAGAAGCAGGUGGAGGAGAUGAGGAGCUUGGAGCAGCUCCGCAUUCGGCGGGAGAAGAGGGAGCGGCGCCGGACCAUCCACACCUUCCCCUGCCUUAAGGAGCUGUGCUCCAGCCCCAGGUAUGAGGAUGCAUUCCAGGUCCACAGCAAUUCCACAGAGUUCAACCAGAAGCCACUGGAGAGGGAGAACGAGCGUCUCCAAGCCAUGGUGAACUCCCUGAGGUCCCAAGUGAACCAGGAGAAGCAGCGGAAGGAGAGGGUGGAGCGGGAGUACACCUCCGUUAUUCAGGAGUAUUCGGACCUCGAGCAGCGCGUGUGUGAGAUGGAGAACUGCAAACUGCGCAUCAAGGAGCUGGAGGCAGAGCUCCUGGAGCUACAACAGAUGAAACAAGUCAAGAAGUAUCUGCUCAGCAGAGAAGACAACUUAUCCGAGGCCCUCCUCGAGCCGCUGAAUAACGCCCCAGAAGCGGACUACAUCGACCUGUCCGAGGAGGAGGGAGGCAAAAGCCACGGGCCGUCCAUGACGCCUUCCCCAAACCACCCUGUCCGGAAGAGCUGCAGCGACACAGCCCUCAACGCCAUCGUCACCAAGGACGCCGUGAGCCGGCACGAGGGCAACUACACGCUGCACGCCAACAACGUGCGCAAGCGGGGCAUGUCCAUCCUGCGGGAGGUGGACGAGCAGUACCACGCGCUGCUGGAGAAGUACGAGGAGCUCCUGAGCAAGUGCCGCCAGCACAAGGACAGCGUGCGCCACGCCGGCGUCCAGACCUCCCGGCCCAUCUCCAGAGACAGCUCCUUCAGGGACUUCCGAGGGGAAGGGCAUGAGUUGGAAGAGAGGAAGAGCAUGGAGAAGACCAUCAGCAAACACGUGGAGGCAGUGGACAAGCGGCUGGAGCAGAGCCAGCCCGAGUACAAGGCUCUUUUUAAGGAGAUCUUCUCUCGCAUCCAGAAAACGAAAGCGGACAUCAACGCCACAAAGGUGAAAAACAAGAGCAGCAAAUGAGCUCUGCCUCUCCCCAACUCCCACGUGCAAUCAGCAACAGCCAAGUCUUCUCCUCAGCCCCAGGACACGCCACGUGGCCACACUGCUUUGAAGGUUCGAGAGGUCUACAAGCGAGAAAACGUCACGGAGACUCAACUCCCUUUAUCUUUUUUAAGCUUGGGCUCCGGACAGCUGGUUGGGACAAUUGUACAUUGUAGUUAGAGGGUUUCAGAAACUGUGUGAGGGAUGUCUGCAUGAGCUGCUGCUGCCGCCAGACACCGCAACAGCAACAGAAACCGCACCGCAGAAUGAAAAGCGAGCACCUCCUUCCACCCGUUUCAGCUUGUCUUACAGCCCGGCUAUCUGCAAGCAAAAGCCUGGAUGUCCUCCAGCAUCCUGCCUCAGCUGGAGCACGGUGUUUCACAGGAAGAUGAAAAGCCAUCAGAACUUCAGGGGCAGCCCAGUCCUCCACUUUGGUUUUCUGGCUAAGAACCUACGCUUGUAGCCCAGAGACUUCUCCACCUUCCCCUUCCCCAAAGGGCAGUAUGUUCUUGCUACUGAAGCCAUUCUCCUACCAGUCAGGUUUUUCAGCUAUUUACAAUGCAAGCUCAUUGCAACUGGAAAAACUUGAAGAGAAACAUAAAACUGAUUGUUCUGUCCUCAUCAGCAUCGCUUAGUAUUUCAGUCCAUACUCUCCAGACUCUGUAGGCAUAUGGGAUUUACACCUGCCCCAGUAUUUCAGUCCAGGUGAAGCACUGGGCCUGGUGGGAACUUCAUGAUCAGGGCUUUCCCAUAAGCUCGACAAGAAGUGCUAUUACAGUAUCAGAGACCUGCUUCCAUGCACCAGCCCUCUGUCCUGUGCUCUUCAAGAGGUUCGUGCUGCCCCGUCGUAGCCUGAAACACAGCUUGCAUGGGCUUGCAAAACUGACUGCCAUGAAAGCACCCGCCAGCGUCAGGAGCUCUGGCCCUGGCAGUAGCACUGCUCACACAUUGCCCCACACUUGUGCUCCAGACAUCUCCCCAGUAAAGAGGAUGGGUUUCAGAUUUUGGCUGAGAUACUGUCUCCAAAAGUUACCACCUUCCAUGUUCCAGUUCACUUCCCAGCACUGAAAUCCCCUCACUUUGCUUCCACAGACAUGCAAACACGCAGCCAAAAGGCCACUGCAGUCUCAGGAAUCACCAGUUUCCAUCUUUCAUGAACUAGAUGUUGACCUUGUGUGGUCAGACACGUGUUUUGGGCACAGAAGCAGCAUUUCAUUACAGCUUCAGCCAACACCCUGAGCCACAAAGGUCAAGCAGUUCAGUGUAAGCUACCUAUUCUGUACCUGCCUGGAGAAACUUCAGGCCAGAUUUGGAUUCUGUUUUCACCAGCUUACAUCCCAAAACCUUGGGAAAAUGGUUGGGAUCUUUGCAACAUUGAGAUCAAUAAGUGAGACUGUGGCUUUGGAGGGGGAAGACUGUUAAAAUGUGAUUGUUCUCCGAGUCUAGGGCCUUGAUGUUAAGAGGAGCCACCUUUCUUUCACUCACCAUGGAAUUAAUGCCAAAAUACUCUGGUUUAUGAAGCUGAGUACCAGGGAGGUAAGUUGACAGGAGUAUGAUGCCCAAGCCACCCCUGCUCCCGAGGUCUCCUCCUCAAACCACCCACCACCGCCUGCUCGGCUUUGCCACGCGCUGCAUUUUCAGGUGCCCCGUGGCCCCACACCUGAGAUAAACUCAGAGCCCUACACACCACUGUGGCUACCAGCUCUGUAACAGUAUGGACAACCUUCUUGCCUUAUUUAUUUAUAAUGGAAAGCAGUUGUCUAAUAAAAUAAAAACCAAUAAAAACAACCAAC